UUUAACAGAGAAAGAAUGAUGUUUAAAAUGAGGCUGAUGGGUUCCCGCUCUCUCAGACACCCUAAAGGAGGCUCCUUCGUGCGGCCGGCGAAGGUGAGCUACGGAGUGGACUACCUGACCGCCGUGCAGCAGGAGUACCAGAUCGACUCCGAGGAGGUGCUGAGUGAGGAGAUCUCCAUCUCCUCUAAGAAGCUCAAAUGGUUGGCAGUGGAGGAGCGCAGUUUGGAGACUCUUCCAUCGGUGUUGCUGACUCGCUCUGAUGUGAACGGACCCGGAGCUGACGGAGAAAUCAGGAAAACAACACCAAACGUGCAGUGGUUGGACCUCAGUGGGACUCUGCUGUCCUGCUGGGAGGACGUCAGCGCCAUCAGCCAGCAGCUGGACCAACUGAACGGACUACAGCUCAGCAACAACAGGCUGCGUUUCCCCUCCGACCCCUCGGCUCACCUCCAGGCGUUCGGCAGCCUCAGAGUCCUCGUCCUCAACAGCUGCGACCUCACCUGGCCGCAGAUCCUGGAGUGCGCCCCCAUGUGGCCUCAGCUGGAGGAUCUGUCAGUGCAGGAGAACAACAUCACGGAGCUGCAGAGGCCCGACGGAGUCCUGCAGUCCCUGAAGAGUCUCAGUCUGUCCUCCAAUCCUCUAGUGCAGGAGACUGUGCUCAGUAUAGCUGCUCUGUCCAGACUGGAGGAUCUGGACUUGUCGAGGACCGGACUGUCUGAGCUUCGGUUCGAUGACGCCGCUCCCGGAUCUCACACAGCCAUGUUCCCGGCACUGAGGAAGCUCAACCUCGACCACAACAACAUCACAGAGGUGCAUCCCGAGGACAGGAAGGGGGCGGAGCUCGACUACAUCAAGAUGUUUGGAGAGGAGUGGCUGAAGGCGGGCGGGGGGGCUCAGCCCGGCAGCGAGUUCACCUGUCAGCACCCACGUUACCUGAGCCUCAUCCACAAGUACGGAGCUCCUGAGGAAGGCGAGCUGAGGAAGCCGAAGCCGUUUGCCCUGAAAAACCAGCUGUUAAAGAUCACGUUUGUGUGUCCAGACGACGGCGAGCGGAAGCCGAUCGAGAAGAAACUUCCAGCCUCCAUGGAGGUCCAGAAGGUGAAGGGACUCCUGUACCGACUGCUGAAGGUUCCUGCUGCAGAUCUGAAGCUCACCUACACCAGCCUCAAGAAAGUUGGGACGGAGUUUGAGAUCGACAGCGACCUGAAGACUCUACAGUUUUACUCCAUAGAGGACGGAGACCAGGUGUUGGUCCGCUGGUCCUGAGCCGGGACCUGGACCCAGGAGGUGAAGAGACCCCCCCCCACCCUCUGGUCCACGGUCUUUCUGUGUCAGACUGAGAUCCAGCAGCAGAGGACACUGAGAGUGAAUCCAGAAAGACUACGACAGAAAUGAAACCACACAGAGAAAUCAUCCUCUAACAUUUAGUGAAUAAACAAACAGACCUUUCACACUCUGAAUUCUUCCUCUUUGCGUUGGUCUGAUCAGUAGGAGCCAGUAAUCUGCGACUUUGUGACUUUUAGGGCUCCGACAGACCGGAGAGACGUCCUGGAAAACCUGGAAUAGUACAGGCUAGUCAUGGAAACACCUGGAAAUUGAUUAAAAUGAGCAAAUAUCCUGGAAGUAAUCAGCGUUCGGCCUGCGCUGUGACGCCUUAAAAGUUAAAAGUUCCUUAAAAUAUCAGGAAAACUCAUCUCUCGAUAUUCACAGGAAAUAAUCUGCUCAGAAUUCAUUAAAAUCCUGAAUAUCCGUAAAAUAAUCAGUUCAGUCACUGAUAGAAACGACAAAAUGAACCUUUCUGUCAGUGAGUAAACUGACUGUAUUUCAUAUUAUAUUCAAUGUGUAUCAAUAACAACAAGAGAUGUUAUUUUAUGUUUCUGUUUAAAUCGUCUGACAUUGAAAUUCAAAUAAAAAUCUGUCACUCAC